AAAGGGGACCCAGCAUUCGCUCUGACUUCCCCUGGCUGCUCUGGCUAAGUGCUUCUCCCGUUAUCUGGCUUGGGCUGAGAAAGAAAGGAGUCUUUGAGACGGCAAAGCCCCCAUCUGCCUCCAGGUACCUUCUACUUCGACAACGAGAGGGGGAGAAUCCCAAAGCACUUAGUAGACUCUGUGGGCACCAUGUCCCUGCUCCUGGUGGUGGUCUCUGCCCUGCACAUCCUCAUCCUCAUUCUGCUCUUCGUAGCCACCCUGGACAAGUCAUGGUGGAUCCUCCCUGGGAAUGACUCACUGAACCUUUGGAAGGAAUGUGUGACAUUCUUGAACCAAUCUUCCCAGGUCUGGGAAUGCAGAAAUGUCAGCGAAAAUGGCUGGCUGAAGGCCGUACAGGGCCUCAUGGUGCUGUCCCUGGUGUUCUGCUGCCUGUCCUUCAUCCUCUUCAUGUUCCAGUUAUACAACAUGAAGCGAGGGGAGCUCUUCUACGCCACCGGCCUCUGCCAGCUCUGCACCAGUGUGUCAGUAUUCACCGGGGCCCUGAUCUAUGCCAUACACGUCAAGGAGUUCCAUCAUCCCGGCGGCUCUUUUGGCUACUGCUUCGCCCUAGCCUGGGUGGCAUUUCCCCUGGCGCUGGCUAGCGGCAUCAUUUACAUCCACCUGAGGAAACGAGAGUGACCUCCCCUCCCCCGGCCAGCUGGCCCUGGCUCACAGGCCCUAAGCAGUGAGACAGCAGCAAGGCCUCCCCAGCUACCCUGCCCCAAGGGGCAGGUCCUGACCCUGGCAUCUGAGUUUCAUCCUCUGUGGAAUGGGGGAGCAGAACAUGCUUCCUGCUUCCUCCUUCCUCUGGCCGAGCCCCUUUGACAUACACUUCCUGCCCCGACACUCAGUGCUUUGACUCAGGCAGCUGGUGGCACAGGUGCCGGUCCCUGGGUCAGGAAGCAAGACCUCAGUUCAAAUCUAGCUUCAGGUACUUACUAGCUGUGGGACCCUGGGCAAGUCACUUAACCUCUGCUUGCCUCAGUUUCCUCCACUGCAAAAUAAGGAUAAUAAUAGUGCCUUCCUCCCAGAGUUGUGAGGAUCGAGUGUCAUUAGCACGGUGCCUGCACACAGUAAGUGCCCUAUUAAUGCUUAUUCCCUCCCUUCUCCCCCAGCUCUGACACCUCUGUCCUAACAGGGUCCUUGCCAAGGCCCCUCGUGGGGCCUCUCUGGGCUCUGAGCCUUUGAUCACAUUGGAUUGGGAGGAGGCAGAAGCCUUGGCUUCCAUCCUGGCCCUCUGACCGCGGGGAAGUCACUUUCUCUCCCGAGGCCGAGGGCACCAACUGUGGGGACAAGCCUACGCAGUGGGAGCCCCGAGACUUGGGGGCCUUCUCUGGGCCCCAGCUCCUUCCUCUUCAAUGGGAGAGCCAUAGCUCUGAUCAAUGAGAUCCAUGAAGUAAAGUGCUUUGUAACCUCUC